GGUGCUUUGCAACUGAAGCAGACCGAGGGGGAAAGCAAGCUCCCCCGCCUGUUCCUGCCUGCCCUCCCCGCCGCUGCCAAGGUGUCUCUGAUGUGCAUUGUACGCACUCCAGAGGAAAAGUGGCUCCCCUCCCACCCCCCACCCCCUUCUCUCUGAGGACUGGGCGCCCGGGGAAGGGAGAAAGAGCCUUGAACUUCUUAAAGAAGCAACAACUGCUCCGCUCGAUCUGGUUGCUCAUGGCAGCUGGAGCUGUUGCUAUAGAGAAGUUUGUUUGAUUCGCCAUUCGCCCUGUCAGCGCUGAAGUGUCAGCUGGGCGAACUCGCUGGCUGUCUUUUGGAGGAAAAUAGGAGUGAGUCAAGCCCUUCAAUUAUGAGCCAGAUGCAGAUGCAGCAUUUCCAAGAGCAGCUAUCUUCAGAUCGCUCCAGUUCUCAGGAUUCAUUGGACACCUUGUCAAUGGAUGACUUCUGGACUGAAGUAGAGAACAUCAAGGAAAGCCAUAGGACUGAACCAGAUGAAAAUUUGGAAGUGAAGACACCAGAUGAUGAAGAUGUUGAGAUUGAAUGGCUUCAUGAUGCUGGGCUUUCUACUCUUAUUGAAGAAGGUGGCAGAAAUGAUGAUGAAGUGGUCUUGCUUUCUACUCUCACACGCACGCAGUCUGCAGCUGUGCAGCGCAGAGUGGAAAACUACACACUUUCUAUGAGGAUAAAGAGCAAGCAACCUAUACGAGAUGUUAGGGAUAUCUUUUCAGGAUCAAAGAUAUCAGAAACGAAAGAUACCAAAUGUUCAGUUAUCGAUGCAUUGCAACCAGACCGGCAACUUCAGCACCUGCUGCCAGAAGAUGACAAAGGAGAAGCUUGUCCUGAUGAACAUGAGACUACAUCAACAACACAGGGUGAAGUUUCGAAGACAAAAUUUAUAUCUGUUGAUAUUUCUUAUUCUGAACAAGCAGCAAUUUUGCGAAACAGUGCACAGUAUAAAAAGCUCCCCAAGAGAAGAAAUGAUGAUGGAACUUUGCCUCAAUACAGAAGGUGCAUGAAUAAACUAGGAGUAACAAGAAUAGGUGAUCUGUCGGCACAGGAUAUGAAAAAAAUUCACAGUUUGGCACUAAUUGAACUAACAGCUCUGUUUGAUGUCUUGGAUUUGGAAGUGAAGCGACACAAAACAGUGAAAACGAAAGCGUACGAUAAUAAAAUUUUUGGUGUCCCACUCACACACUUGAUUGAAAAUGAUCAGAAGAUUGACCCCAACACUAAAGUUCCAUUGUUCCUUAAGGAGUUGCUGAGCUGGCUGGAAGAAAACGGCUUGGAAACAGAAGGGAUGCUCCGCAUUUCAGGUUCUGUGGCUAGAAUAAAGAAUUUGCAAAAGGAGCUUGACGCAAAUUUUUACCAUAAGUGUUUUGACUGGAAAAACGUCCACCAAAAUGAUCUGGCAGGUUUAUUAAAGAUGUUUAUCCGUGAAUUGCCAUGUCCCUUAUUAACAGCAGAAUACGUGACUGCUUUUGCAGCAGUCAAAGACAUCUCCGAUCAAAUACAGAUGAUACAUGCCCUGAAUCUCCUUGUGGUGAUCCUCCCAGAAGCAUACAGAGCUACACUUAAGCUUCUUUUAGAGUUUCUGCGCAAAGUGAUUGAUAAAGAGAAGAAAAACAAGAUGAAUCUCUGGAACGUUUCAACAAUAAUUGCCCCUAACCUCUUCAUGCACAAAGGAAUUCCAAACAAAAUUCCUGAUGGCAAUGAAAAGCAGCAGGCAGAAAAAGCUGCAAAUAUUGUUCGGAUGCUCAUCCACUACCAAGACCUUCUCUGGACAAUUCCAUGUUUCCUUGUGGCACAGGUGAGAAAACUGAAUGAAAACAGCAAUAAGAAAUAUGAUAAGCGUCUAAAAAAUCUUCUAAAGAAGAUUCACACAGACAAACAUGACAAGCAACAGCAGCAGUUGAACAAAGUGAUAAAAAUUCAAGCCCCCCACUUAUUGAAGGAUACAAUGGAAGUCCAAUUGAAUUCUGAGAUUAUGGUCCAGGAUCUUGUGGCUCAGUUCCAGACACAAUUAAACUGCAACAAUUGGGAUGCCACCAAUACUGAAGGCUCACAAAGAAACAAUAAUUCUACUGAUUGUCCAGAGUUCUGCCUGUAUGAAGUGGGUGGUAAUAUAGGUGAACACUGUCUUGACCCUGACGCACUUAUCCUGGAACUGUACAGGAUUAACCCUCAGGCUGAGUGGGUUAUAAAGCAACGUGCAGCAUUGUCAAAAGGAAGCUAACUUUUUGUGAACAUUCAUCACUUAAAUCCAGAGAGUUUGCUGGUUGGACUAAUAUCUGUACUUUGUUAUUGUUAAAACAAAGUUGCGACAUCACAAAACUAAAGAAAUAAAGCUGAAGUACUUUCUGAAGGUACAUCCUAGAAACAACUUAUUCAACAAAGUACAGCAUUUUUACUAAAUGAUGGACACUUACCACUAAUUAAGAUGAAAACAGAUCAGCUCUUAAAUUUGCUGGUAUGUGUAUGUGAAUUUGAUAACUUGAAUUUUAUAGAAAAUUUAUAUUUAACCCUGGCUAUUUUUGGGGAAAUGUUGCAUAAGCACUGCCAAACAUUGCUGAGAAUAUUAUGAAAAAGACACACAAGUCACCUUUAUCAUUGUAUAUAAUAUAUACUUGCUGGAAAGUUUUUAACUGUCUUUUGAAUGCCACCUUGGAACUACUCGGAGAAAAGGAAUCUGUAAAGUGGAGAAAAUGCAGCAAAAUGAAAAGGUUCAGCUUGUGCCAAAAUGCAUGCAAAGUGAUAUUUAUUGAAGCACCACAGGAGGAAAAGGAACGAGCAUAAAUCUGAACCUUCUGUUUAUUUGUCGAGAAGCCAUAUUUGACAGCCUGUAUCAAACUCUCCAGGAGCAAGAGGAUCUUUAGCUUGGAAAAAGAAUUGUGACUCAGCACUUUAGUGCUUUGUUACAGAGAAUUUGACACAAGGCAAAAAUUCAGUGGUAUAAAAAUGCAAUAGCUUUUAGGAAUUAUUGUGGACAAUAAUAUUUGAGAUCUGCACAGCAUAUGUUUUGCUUUCUUUGAGACCACAGCCUCCUUCUACUUGCUCUUUAGCUUUUACUGUUGUACAAUCUAUCAUAUUAAUAUGUACGUUUGGAGCAUUUUCCUAUGCAUUGCUAUGAUUGCAAUUUUUUUUCUAUUUUAAGUUUGUUUUAGCAGCCAUCUCAAUCUGUUGUUUUACUGUCAUUCUGUGAAUUGGCAAAGUUAGUUUUAAGAAGGUUAAGUAAUAUGAUCCUUACAAUAUUCACAAUUGUUCCAACUGCAAGAAUUACUUUCAACUGUUAAGAACUUAUUGCACUCUGCCAAUUUAGCAAUUUGUAAUGGACAAUCUUGACAGCGGCACAACAGAGUUCACAAAAAUGAAUUCCUGGAAUUUCUGUUACUCGGAUUUACCCAGAAUGAGAAGAGUUAGAAACAACUGGUGGUACAGAUUAUAUAUUUAAAGACAAGAACUUUCUUCGUUCUUUAAGAUAUUAUUUUACGUAAAAUGCAAUUGCAGCCAAUAUUUAAAGUUAAAGCGAACAAAGCAGCAGAUAAAGAGCAGCAAAAACAUAAUAAACUUCAGUUGAGAUUGCAGAAUAUCUGGUAUUUUGGCAGCCUUGUCAAGCCAUAUAGUUCUGCUACUUUGUAUUACUUUCUUCAGUGCAGCUCAGCUGAAAUCAGCCAAACCUAAACAAAAGAGCUUGAAAAUUAACCACAAGUCAUUGUUAAAUAUAACUUGAGUUUCUGUACUAUACAACACUAGUUUAAAAAUAUUGUGCUAGAGUCAGUCCUGGGUGUGCCCUCAGAUUGAAAUAGUCAGCAGGCAUGUUUCAAUUGAUUGCACCCGUUUAUUCCCAUAGAAGGAUGUGCUUCAAAUUCAGUUUAGUUAUUUUAAGCACAUGUUUUACAAGUUUCCACAUUUCGCUAAAAAAAUGUCUAGUAUACAUCAAUGGAACUAGUAAAUGAUUCUGUUUUUUAGUGACAUUGUCGUGAUUUUAAAUGAGGCUACUGAGAGGACUAGAUAUUCUUGUUAAACAUCCUUUUCUUUCAAUAGGGUCAGUUUUCCAGUCUGAAAUACACCGAAUGUUAAUAUAAAGAUCAUGAAAAUAUGUUAUUGUAUUCCAUCAUGUGGCCUGAUUGUGCUGAUUCAUGGAAGAUUUUACAUGGGUAAUUAUGCAAAUAAGUUUGAUCCAUGACAUUGUUUUGGAAUACAGUUUUCUGAGAGCAUCUAAAGUGGAAACUUGACCCCAAAUUAACCACUGAAUAUGUACCUUGUAGUUACACUAUUUAAAUUGGUAUUAAAAUUCUUGUUAACUAAUCGUAUAUUUGUAAACUGUAGCCUAAUUUUGCAAGUUUUCCUAAAAUUGGGACAAGGUGCUAAGCACAUUAUAAGAUCAGUAAAUCCUGCACAAGCAAAAUAUUGGCUGGAAUUUUUAAGUAGUAAUGAUAGUAAAAUGAACAGUGUUCACAAUCAUUUUGUCCUUAAAAUGACAGCAACUUCCAGAGUCUGCACAUGUGUGGUUAAAUGUGGAAAUUUAAAUGCUGCUGUCAGUGAUUCAUUGCUUCUCCAUAAGAUGUGCUGAAGUCCCUACAGACUGCAGACAAUAAGAACAAAUUGAUGACAACUUACCCUGUUGCGCUGUAAUAUCAUUUAAGAAAAUCUCAAAAAGACUAUGCCUUCUAAUGAUGUGUAACUGUGUUUCCAAUGACAAACUAAGUCCUUACUCCUGCUAAACAUCAUCUUGGGCCCUGGAAAUCUACUUCUAUAUUUAUGUAAUGUAAUUUGUUUUUCCAGUCUCAUAAAAUUUCUCAAGUUUUUGAUGUAAUAAAACUUUUUAAUGUUU